CGAACUUCGCGGCUACAACUUCAACUCUCAUUCUGUCUUACUCCCCAGAAAUUAGGGUUUUCAAAUUCCAUGGAUCCCCAUCCUCGCCUCGAUGACGAUGAUGAUUUCGGAGGUGACUUUCCGGGAACUAGCGGUGCACGCCGGUCAGGGAAUAAGAGAAGCUUUGGGGAGAUUGAGGACGAAGAUGACUUCUUUGGCUCAAAGCAGGCUAAAGCAAAAGUCGAAGAAACUGCUCCUGGUGUUGCAACAGGAAUGAUUUUGUCUCUGCGUGAGAGUCUCCAGACGUGUAAGGAUGAUCUUGCAAAGUGCCAAAUGGAACAUGAUGCUGCAAAAUCUGAGGUUCAAAAGUGGCAUUCUGCAUUUCAGAAUGAACCCUUCAUAAAUCCGGGGACUUCUCCUGAUCCUACAUUAGUCAUCAAUUAUCUUCAGACCCUGAAAAACUCUGAGGAGUCCCUGAAAGAACAGUUGGAAAAAGCAAAGAAAAAGGAAGCUGCAUUCAUAGUUACAUUUGCAAAACGGGAGCAGGAGAUUGCAGAGCUCAAGUCUGCAGUUCGGGAUCUUAGAGCUCAACUCAAGCCACCAUCUUUGCAGGCAAGAAAACUAUUGCUUGAUCCAGCAAUUCAUGAAGAGUUCACUCGUCUAAAGAAAAUGGUUGAGGAGAAAGAAAAAAAAUUGAAGGAGUUCCAGGAUAAUGUCGCUGCCAAUAAUUUUACUCCACAUAGCAAGAUGGGAAGACAAUUAAUGGCAAAAUGUAAGACCCUGCAAGAGGAAAAUGAGGAGAUCGGCAAUGAAGCAUCUGAGGGAAAGAUGCAUGAAUUAUCCAUGAAACUUGCUUUGCAAAAGAACCAAAAUGCAGAACUUAGAAGUCAAUUUGAAGCAUUGUACAAGCAUAUGGAGGGUCUCACAAAUGAUGUGGAAAGAUCAAAUGAAAUGGUUGCUAUCAUGCAAGAGAAGCUUGAACAGAAAGAUAGUGAAAUUAAAAGAUUUACGGAGGAGCUUGAGCAGAAGAUCGUAGUGGUGGAGGAGAAAAUUGAUCCAGCUUCUGAUGAUGGAAAAUCUAGCGAUGAAGUAAUAGUAUCUGAAGAAGCCGAUGGCUCGGAUAAUAAAGAUCUGUAGGCUAUUGUAGUUUCACUAAUCCUGUUGUAUGUACAUUUAUCAUCAAAAUUUUGGAACUAAAAUUUGAAAUUUUAGUGUUGUGGAAAUGCAAUGUUUUGGGAG